ACCUUAAUACCUUCUGCACUGACAACCCUUAUGAUCUCCGUCAACACGGACCUUACGAUGAGGGCCUUGGGGCGUAUACCACGUCGCUGCAUGGGCUUCUUGGUUUGCUUGCCAGCCGCCCACCUGGCUCGUCCAGUCAUUUCGUUCGCCAAGUGGUCACGCAACAUGGACACUGCGGCUGGAGCCAGCCCCACAUGGGAAGACAUGUGGUCCAAGGGCGUGAAGUCCAAAGAAAAGUGGGACGUUGGUGAAGCUUCGCCAACCCUGAUGGAAGUGCUGAAGCUAAAGUCGUUAGGCGACUGCAGCGGCCAGCGUGUUCUAGUGCCUGGCUGCGGACGGGCUUACGACGCGGUAGCGCUGGCCGAGUAUGGCUUCAGUAGUGUGGUUGCUGUGGAUUUGUCAGAAUCUGCGGCUGAUGCCGCCAAGCAGUUCCUCAGCGAAUGCAAGAGUCCGGCCGCCUCCAAGAUUGAGGUAGUUUGUGCAGACUUCUUCAAGCUUGACCUUGAACCCAAGGCGGAUGUGAUUUGGGAUUGCACCUUUCUUUGCGCCCUUGACCCAUCAGUUCGGGUGGCCUGGGCCCAGAAGACACAUUCUUUGCUGAAACCCGGUGGCACCUUGCUGACCUGCAUCUUCCCCAUUUGUGACAAGGAGGGUGGACCGCCCUUUGCAAUGUCGGUCCCGUUGGUGCGUUCUUUGCUAGAGCCUGAAGGAUUUCAGGCAGUCGAGGUCCGCGAGGACGCAGCGGAUCACGGUGCUGGCGGUGGGGCUUUUGUGGCCAAAACUGCAUUUGGGAGGUGGACUUUGAAGGCGUGAUCUGAGUUCUGAAGCUGUGAUGAAAAAGAGGUAGAGACCUCCUGCUGUGACUGCAAUGCAGCGGCAAAAGGCACAAAGAGAAUUUUGCCCCAAGUGCAGGAGGUGGGAUGCUGGGUGCAAAACCUGCAAUCCGAGUAAAUCUUUUACCUGCUGCAGCCGUGGCAAACUUAUACAAUUACAUUUAAUCUAUAUAUUCUCCAUAUGCGAUUCAAGCUGCAAAGCAGCUGAGGAUCGACUGUCAGGGGUUUGUUGAGAAUCCUGCUUCGGGCCAA